AUGGGGGAAUCUUCACAAAGCACACAGCCACUAGAAAAGGACGUGAGAACUUGCAGUUUGAUCAACAAAGCCAAAGGUACCUACUUUGACAUUAAAACCCAUCUCAGUCUCCUUCCUAUUUGCAAUCAUCAGAGUUUUAGUUUCAACAUCCUUCAUAUUCUCUCUCUCUCUCUCCUCGUAUUCGAUCAAAAGAAAAUGGAGAUUCAAGCGAGGCUAAUGGAAUACAAGUUCCAUUUCAUGGUCGCAAUCAUCGUGAGCGUGAUUAUGGCGUCACUCGUGUACGCAGCACCCAGGAUUCUCGACAUAUUAGCUUAUUUCUGGCCUCUGUUUGCGUCAACGGCCGCCUUCUUGGCGAUAGCAAUCACCUUCGGUGGCUUUCAACAGUUUUCAGAAGAAGUUGCCGGCGAGGGAAUCAUGGAUUACGUCGCCGGACGGCCUGAGGAUUCUCACAAGUACGAAUGA